AGAAGUCUUGUAGCCCUUCCUCAUCAUUAGUUAGGCCACGGUUGUGGAACAGUUUGAACGUUAAAAACUGAAGCAUGCCAAUCUGCAGAGCUUAACUCGGCUUCGCCCUUCAACACCAUGUCUGCUCGCUACUGGCCAAUCGCCUUGGUCGUGGCAGUGCCACUUGGGAUCUAUAUUCUCUUUCUCGGCCUGAGCACCAUUUCUUUCUUCCAACGCCACUUCCUCUAUGCCCAUAAAUUCCACACCUUGUGGUGGAAUGACGUGAAUAACCCGGAGUAUUGGGGUUUCGCCAAAAACCAAGUCACGCCUCUCUCGCUGACAACAGUGGACGAUGAGACUUUAUAUGCCUGGCAUAUUCUCCCUCUGCCGCUAUAUGCUAAGCACGAGGACGAGCUCAUCAGUCAGCCCUCAGGACUUAGCAAAAGUUUUACCAAAACCAAGAACUUCAAAUUGCUGAAGGAAGACCCUGAUGCCAAACUUAUCAUCUACUUUCAUGGAAACGCCGGCCACCUCGCCCAAGCCAUCCGGCCGGCAUCGUACCACGUCCUAACCGACACGUCGCCGCACCACGUGCUAGCCAUCGACUACCGCGGCUUCGGGCAUAGCACGGGCAAGCCGAACGAGGCGGGACUCAUCCUCGACGCCGCGGCCGCCGUGGACUGGGCGAUGCACGUGGCGGGCGUCGGCUCCGACCGCAUCGUGCUGCUCGGCCAGAGCCUCGGCACGGCCGUCGCCGCCGCCGCCGCCGAGCGCUACGCCGCCGAGGGCGUCGACUUCGCCGGCGUCGUGCUGGUCAGCGGCUUCAGCAGCCUGCCCGCCAUGCUGGCCGACUACGCCAUCGCGGGGUACGUGCCGGUCCUGCGCCCGCUCAAGGUCUGGCCGUGGCUGCUGCGCUUCGUGCUGCGCUUCAUGGCGGACAGGUGGCCGAGCGCCGACCGGCUGGGGGAGAUGGUGCGGGUCGUAAAGGGCAGGGGCGGGCGCUUGAGGUUGGGGUUGGUCCACGCGAAGAACGACUGGGAUAUCCCGUGCCACGAGGAUGAUAGGCUGUUUGCCGCUGCUGUCAGCGGGACCGUCGAUGACCCGGAUGGUAUCGAUCCAGAGAUCCUUGCCGAGGAGAAAGACAAGCGGACCAUAGACAAGGGGAAGUCUGCGUUUGUCACCACGUGGAGAGACGGUGACAUAGAAAUCCGGCAAGAGUUAUUCCCUUACGGAGGGCACAACGAUAUCAUGAUGUAUGCUCCCGUCACCAUGGCUGUUAUGCGGGCGUUUGACUCUGCAGCCACUGCAGACCCGUGAAAGAAUAUUGCGACCGUAUAGUAGCAUAGAUAGUGGGAGACAGGCUGAAAUAUCAAGGAUAGUCCAAAAGAAAAACGG